UUUUCCGUCUCUUACGCAUCUCGCACGGCACGGGCAGCAGUACUUGACGGCGCGACGGAGGACAGAGGUUGAAACGUAGAGGAAAAAAAAAAAAGAGCUGGAACUAGACGCGCCUGCCCUGGCGGUGUUGAUGGCCUGGUCCAUUUCUGCCCUGGCUCCCGCCUCAUCAAGCUACGAUCUAAAGUAGAUUUGGUGGCUAGUCCUCAUCAUAGACAUACAGGCAGAGAGAAAGGGCCGGACCCUGCGCUGCACUGGUCACUCUCUCUCUCUCUCUUUUGAUACGCGCAGGAUCUCAACGACACAAGACCAAGAACGCCGGCCAGGUGCAGUGAAAUUUUCACAAUGAUGGCGAUCAGUUCCAGCGGCGGGCAUGACACACGAGUACCAAGGUCGCAAGGGCCGAGAAGGUCGAGCCGUGAGGAAGCAGGACGAGUGCCUCGAAAAGCAGUACCAUCAUCAUCAUCAACAUCAUCAUCCGCCGUGUCAACAUCGACAUCUACGCGUCAAAGCUCGCCAAAGAUGGACGAGGAGUCUCAAGCCAAUUGGGCCCGCUGGGCGGGCGCCAUGGAGCAAGGCGCCUGGCUUGGCGACGUGACAGGACCGACUGAAGUCGCAGGCGGUGAUGUUUCGCUCGCGACCUCCGUCCCCGGGGCCAUAGAGUACCCCGAGAAAGACGGAGAAGAUGGCGACGACUUUGAUGCCAUCACCCGUACCACCUCCCUCGACGAGAGGCGGGCUGACCAACGCUAUUCCCUCAUUCGACCAGCGAUGCGAGCGAGGCUCGAGAGCGCUCCAGAGGCCCGUCACAAGCGUGACCGCUCCCAUUUCUCCAUUCCUGACGUGACCGUCACGACUGCCGACGACGAGGGCCAGGAGACGCACUUUGAGGUCAAGGUGCCGCCGAGCCACCGCAGGAGCUUCGUCUUCAAAAACGCCGACGGCCAGGAGGAAGAGGCAAAGAACGUGUUGGGCUUGGGCGCGAUGCGGAGGGCAAAGGGAGGCAUCACUCUGAUGCCCAAGCCGCUCAUCAAUCUCGACUCGCCCCCUGCGCCUUCUCCUGACUCACCGUCCUUCCCGGAAGUGGCCGCCGCCGCGGCAGAAGAGGGAGCGACGACGGUAGGAACGUCAUCGACGUCCUCCUCCUCCUCCACCACGUCUCGCAUGCGCAAAAGCUCGCUUCCUCUCCUCUUUGGGCGCGGCAAGAAGUCGUCGCAGGAAGAGAAGGAGCCAAAUAGCAUCUAUGGCUCCACUGGCUUCGACUCUUCCAGCUCGCUUCCCUCGUCAUCCUCUUCCUCGUCCAAGGACUCCCUACCCUCAUCAUCUGGCGGCCAAACGGUUGCGACGAGCCCGACCUCGUCCGAGACACUCGGCGGGCCGGCGAACAAACAAGCUGUUGCUACUGCUUCUGGGACUUCCUCAAGGGGUGGCUCGUUCCAGGGCGGCGGUGGGCCCACAUCAAGAUUCUCAGAGGGCGACGAGAGCCGACCGAGAAGCACGACGCCGACUGCGACUUCGAAAACGACAGCAGCAAUGAUGGCCGCUUCGCUCGCGCGAAACAAAAAGGAGCAGAAGGCCCGAGCCAAGGAGGAGAUGGCGCUGAUCAAGGAACUGGAGCGUGUUGACAAGAUGGUGCGCAAGCACGACGAAAAGCGUCAAAAGGUCGAGGCUCGUCAGGAAAAGAAGCGCGUAAAAGAGCAGCGGAAACAGGCCAGCAGCGGAGGCAGCCAGAAGAGGGUAGACGCGCCGGAUGUCGCGGUGCCCCAGAAGGAAAACAGGGCAUUCAAGGUGCUGCGCAGGAUGACCAUCUUGGGCUCCUCUGGCUCCUCUUCGAAGAAACCGGUAGCACAACCCCUGCCUCAGCCGCCACCAUCGAUCUUGCAGAGGCGAAGAGACGACAUUGUCUUGCCGCAGGUCACCAUCACCCCGUCCGACAACGAGGCUGGCUGGACGAAUAUCCCGUCGCCCUCCGACACUCAACCACUGGCACCUUCUGCCGACCUGACGAGGCGCUCGAGCGUGCAACGAGCACUGGCAAAGAUGGACGCUGAACGAGCCUCGCUUCGAAGACAGAGCUCAAAGAAGCAUGUCGUUGGUGGUCACACCCCGAAAAGGCCCACUAGCACAACUUCUCCCUCUACGCCUGCUUCUUCUCGAUCGACUCGAAGGGAGAACAGCGAUGGCUGGGAGGACGACGAAGGAGCAAUCGGAGCGGGAAGGAGACUCCAAGAGGCCCUCUCUUUGCAACAGCAAAUUGCGGCUGAAGACGUGCCGUCGAGCGAGGGCCGGGACGGGCAAAUCACGCCACGACCUCGGGACUAUUCGAUGCGACGGGUCAUUGAGGCCAGGAGCCCUACACCCGAACAGCAGCAGGUCCCGUCUCGUAACAUCCAAAGCCCAGAGCCGACUGACGCGAGGCCGAUCUCGUUUUCGCGGCCCUUCUUUACAAAGGCCGCCAACGCUUAUCCGUCUCCUCCCACCUCUCCCACCUCUCCCAUAUCGCCUCGCUCUCCCGUCAAGAUGUCAUCUGGCUCACCGCCAGGCAUCAAUGUGUCUCCUGUUGCGGCGAGAGCCUCCCCGCCGCGCACCUUCAAGAGGGGAGCCAGCCCGGAAGGCUUUGCUUUCCCGCAAACAAAGUCUCCUACCUCCAGCACAGCCGUGUCCCAGAUUGCUGGUACCGAACUUCCAUCCGUGAGCGCUGUGAGCUCCACUGCUCAGAACCGCUCGCCCCGGUAUAUUUAGCACCGACCCGCUUCCGAAUCCUUCCAUACAACAAUAACCGCUCGCUCUUCAAUACCUCUUCUGGAAAGUGAUACCCCCUUCCACUUCUUCUUGUCCUGCUCCAUGGUCCGCUACACACUAUCAGUCUGCCUACCUUCACUUAUUGCACCUUCAACAAUAGCAUCCAC